AUGGCACAACCACAACCACAGUUGAGCAAUAAAGAUGGCGCCCUGUUCAGACAGGUGGUGCGCCAUUUCGAAAACAAGCAGUACAAAAAAGGCUUGAAGGCAGCCGAACAAAUUCUGCGCAAGAACCCAAAUCAUGCCGACACCCAAGCUAUGAAGGCCCUGAUCAUUGGCCAGCAAGGCCACACCGAGGAGGCUUUUGCUUUGGCCAAAAUCGCCUUGAACAACAACAUGAAGUCCCAUGUUUGCUGGCAUGUCUACGGUCUUCUGUACCGUGCGGAAAAGAAUUUUGAAGAAGCAAUAAAAGCAUACAAGUUUGCCUUGCGCCUAGAACCGGAGUCCGCCCCCAUACAACGAGAUCUCGCCCAUCUGCAGAUACAAAUGAGAGACUUUGAAGGCUACAUCCAGAGUCGAAGAAACAUGCUCCAACAGAAGCCUGGCUUUCGUCAAAACUGGACUGCUUUGGCCAUUGCUCAUCAUCUAGCCGGUAACUACGAGGAUGCCGAAAACGUGCUUACUACAUAUGAAGAGACCCUCAAGACCAAACCUACGCGGUCUGACAUCGAGCAUUGGGAGGCAGUCCUGUACAAGAACUCCAUCAUUGCUGAAUCGGGCGAGGUCGAGAAGGCUCUCGAUCAUUUGGAAGCCGUCGGUAAGAAGAGCCCAGACGUGAUGGCUGUUAUGGAAAUGAGAGCCGACUACCUCGCUCGCUUAAAUCGCAAGUCGGAAGCCGAAGCUGCGUAUGCUGCUCUCUUGGAGCGAAACCCCGAUGACUCAGCCUAUUACGAUGCAUAUAUCGAGGUAAAGGGUUUAAAGGAUGGCUCGGUCGACGACAUCAAAAAGACAUAUGACGAGCUAACCGAGAAAUAUCCCAAGGCGGAUCUUCCCAAACGGAGAACGCUGGAUAUUACGUCUGGAGAUGAGUUCAAAAAGGCAGCCGAUUCUUAUUUGCAGAAAUUCCUGCGAAAGGGUGUCCCCUCAACCUUUGCAAACAUCAAACACCUCUACACCGAUCAGUCGAAACGAGAUGCUGUUCAGGAAUUGGUGGAAGGUUAUGCUUCUGGCAAGAUAAGCUCGCAGAGUAAUGGUGCAAAAGAAAAUGGUGAUAGUAAAGACGACUCCCGAUUUGAGUCUUCAACGCUGUACUUUUUGGCUCAACACUACAAUUACAAGUUGAGUCGAAAUCUCGACAAGGCUUUGGAAUAUGCCGACAAGCUCAUUCAACUCGAUCCCAAAUCCGUCGACUACCAUGCCGUCAAAGCUCGAUCAUACAAGCACAAGGGCGAUUUGGAGAAGGCUGCUGAAUUGAUGGACCAAGCUCGUAGUCUAGACGAAAAAGACCGAGCUAUCAACACAAAGUGCGCCAAAUACCAGCUGCGGUCCGACCAAAAUGAGAAAGCCCUUGACACCGCCAGUAAAUUCACUCAGAACAAGACUGGCGGUCCACUUGGGGACCUCAUUGAUAUGCAGUGCGUAUGGUAUCUGACAGAAGAUGGAAAGUCAUACUUGCGUCAGAGAAAACUUGGCUUGGCAUUGAAACGUUUCCAUCAAAUUCUGGCCAUCUUUGACGUUUGGCAGGAUGAUCAGUUUGAUUUUCACAACUUCUCUCUGAGGAAAGGGAUGAUCAGAGCCUACAUUGAUAUGCUCCGCUGGGAAGACCGUCUCCGCGAACAUCCAUUCUUUUCAUCUGCAGCGAUUGCCGCUGUUCGAGCCUACAUUCUUCUGUCCGACAACCCCGACCUCGUUCAUGGCCCCAUCAUGGACACAGUGAACGGAACAGGCAAAUCCGGUGAAGUCAGUGCUGCAGACCGCAAGAAAGCGUUGAAGAAAGCCAAGCGCGAGCAAGAAAAGAUGGAAAAAGCCGAGGCCGAGAAAAAAGCAGCCCUGAAGGCUGCGAAACCAACCCCUAAGAGUGAAGAUGUCGACGCGAAAAAGGAGGAUUCCGACCCGUUCGGUAAGACCCUGGUUGAGACCAAGGAGCCUCUAAAAGAUGCACUCAAGUUCCUUACUCCACUUCUCGAAUCGAGUCCACAGCUUGUCGAGGCCCAGGCAGUGGCAUUUGAACUGUACAUCCGGAGGAAGAAGUAUCUCCUGGCGACCAAGGCACUGCUUGCGCUUGAGAAGCUGGACGGUGACUAUGAGCAACUCCCAUCGUACAAGAGUCUGCUGAAACAGGCCAUGGCCGAAAAGGACGUCUCGGAGAAAGUAUUAGAGAUUGUGAAGAGCGAAGCGAGCCAUCUACUGAAGUGA